AUGUCUGCAAAAUAUACUCGUAUAGACUCUGGUGCUGGAGGUUCGCUGGGACGGCCGGAACUUGGCCAUGGCGAUUCACAGAUCUCUUUGGAGUUGGAAUCUCUGGCCUCGUCAGAUGAAGGGUCUAUACGAUCAGUAUCUAGCAGAGGACUGUCUCCAUUGGACUCGCCAAUCCGAUCCCCAGAAAUUCGCGAUGAUGAUAAUGAUCCAAUGAGUUAUGGUAUGCAAUUUCAUGGCAGGUCAAUGAGUGUCUCAACCAUGGGAGAGCAUAUGAUUAAUUUACCAUCUACGAAUGAUCCAUUUCUCGGUGAGACAGCUGUACCUCUAGAAAAACAGAAACGAUUAACUCUGUUUCAUGGAUUGAGUUUAGUUAUUGGACUUCAGAUCGGUUCAGGCAUUUUUGCAUCACCAAAUCAAAUCAAUUCCAAUGCUGGAUCAGUGGGAAUGUCACUUAUUAUAUGGGUUGCAGGUGGUUUACUGGCGUGGACUGGCGCGUCAUCAUAUGCAGAGCUUGGCAGUGCCAUUCCAUUAAAUGGAUCAUCUCAGGCGUAUUUGAAUCAGAUUUAUGGCUCUUUACCAUCAUUUCUGUUUUCAUGGACAGCUCUGACAAUCCUGAAACCAGGAAGUACUGCUAUUAUAGCAAUCAUUUUUUCCGAAUACUUUUGUAGAGCUCUAGGGUCGAGUCCGGUAUUCACUAAUUACUGGUUUCAGAAAUUCAUUGCUAUUAUUGGCUUGGCUAUUGUUGUGGCAAUUAAUUGUUUUAGUACAAGAUUGGGUGCACGAGCAGGUAAUUUCUUUCUCGUCAUUAAAAUUGGUGUACUACUUGCAAUUACAAUCAUUGGUAUUGUAGCCAGUUUCCACUUUCAUGAUACAAAUGCACUGACUGGUGCUGAUAGUAGGGGUCUGUUUGCUGAUUCAUCUAAAUCCAUUGGCAACUAUGCCAUUGCUUUAUAUGCUGGAUUAUGGGCAUAUGAUGGAUGGGAUAAUGUCAAUUAUGUAUCUGCAGAAAUGAAAAACCCCCGUCGUGAUCUACCCAGAGUGAUUCAUAUUGCCAUGCCAGUUGUUAUUGUUGCAUAUUUCCUGGCCAAUAUUGCAUACUAUGCCGUAAUGUCGGAAGAAGAAAUUGAAAAGACAACGUCUGUUGCCAUCACCUUUGCUACCAAGACAAUGGGACCCGUAGCAGGGAUUAUUUUUGCCAUACUCAUAUCUCUGUCUUGUAUUGGUGCACUUAACGCAACGAUAUUCUCUUCUGCUCGACUUGUAUACUCUUCAGCAGAAGAAGGGUUUCUCCCGAGUAUGUUUUGUAAACUACACCCUGUGCGGUCAACUCCAGUCAAUGCUCUCCUGCUUCAGUCUGCUAUUGCCUGUAUCUUUAUAUUAGUUGGUGAGUUUCACUCUCUGCUUACUUUCUACGGAUUUGCUGGCUAUUCAUUCUAUUUUCUGACAGUUUCUGGAGUAAUUGUGUUGCGAAUCAGAGAGCCUGAUCUUGACAGACCCUACAAAACAUACAUUUCAACCCCCAUCCUCUUCUGUUGCGUAGCGCUCUUUUUAGUUUCUCGAACUCUCUUUGAGAAACCUAUAGAAUCGCUGUUUGUUGCUUUAUUUAUUGCCAGCGGGCUACCUAUAUAUAUCUGGCGGUUUGGUCUGCUGUCACAAGCAUCGGUGCCGUCUUUUGAUGAUAUAUUACGCAAACUUAAAAUUCGACGAUGA